AUAUACUCGCAUGCACACUUAUGUUAACACGCAUGCUCUUGCCUAGUGUAUUGAAUGCAACCCAAUCAGCAUUUAUUCACAUCUGCUCUUGGUUUAAUCUCAAAAGGUGCAACUUCUGAACGCAUUUUCUGGGACUGGAACGCAGCCCCGAAUGUCGGUGCAAUGCUGAUAAAGGAUCUAGGUGUCAAUAGGGAGACACACAAAAAAACGGAGGACGUUUCCAGGGAGACUGAAGGGCGCCUCCUCCUCCUCCGAUACGGCUCCAGCCUUUCUGUAGGGAUAGCGGAAAGCCCGGAGAAACCAGAAGCCGGCUGGUAAUCCUUUGAGGAAAGUCCCUCUUUGCAUUUCUCCAACCGGUCAGCAGCCUCCGAGGCUCUAGUGCAUUCCCAGGAGAGACGAGGACUGUCUUGUGUCCAGCGCAGGAGGGUGGGAGAAUCGACCAGGAGGGGCCUCCUUCGACUGCGACACGCCAGAUCCAGACUUGAAUGCUUCCGUUUUCCGAUGGAAAUCUCCUGGGGAUCUGAGCAAAACACAAACAGCCCAUUGUAAGAACAGAGAGAGCGCAGCCAGUUCAGCGAAAGCGCCACGUUAACUAUGAAACAAGAUGGGGACCAUUAAAGAUCUGAACAGUUUGCAGUUUUCAGUAUCAGAUCCGGUUGAGAUGGAGAGUAAGGGCACGCUGGCGGCUGCCGUUGUCGCUACCCCCUGCAAUAACCAAGGGGGGGAUCCUGCGACUCAGUCCAACAGCCCUAUUCUUUGUUCCAAUACUUGCUCGAACGAUAUGAGCACCAGCCGCCCGCUGGAGAUCAGCGCUAGUGUGGGUGAACUUGCCAGCGCAGAAAUAGACAAUCCCAGCGAAAUCUCAGAGCAGGCGAUGGAUAUAAGCAAGGAACACGGGCAGGAAGAAUCUAGCGGCAACUUCUGCAGUAACGCUGCCGAGAUUAACACAGAGAUAGACCAAAAUAGAAAAGAAACCAUAAGGUUAGAUAUGAAGAGCUCUGACCCCAGUGCCGAUGUGCCCUUUGCCGGAUUGGGCCAGGAGACCAGGAGAAUAGAGACAGCCCACAACAUUAAUGUCCAGUGCCUCGCUGAUCCGGCAGAGGUAAAGAAAACGAAGGUUAAUUUGCGUGUUCAGCCGGAUAGGAAUAUCACAGAAAAUGGUCGGCAAAGCGAGAGUGAGAACGAGGACUUGGGGACAGUUGCAUGCUGUUCACAGACAUGUAUGUCCACAUCAACAAGUCAAGACGCUGAGGUGCAGGUAUCAAUCCAAGUGCAGAGCAGGUCAUUUGCUACCAGCCCCAUGGCUCCUCUGGAUAACUGUCCAGUGUUUACAAUUCCUGAGGUCAUCUUAAGCGAUCCACCCGUUGAAAAGCCAACUGCUUGUCCACCAGAUAUACCAUCUGUAACAGCGCCACCAAAAAAAGAUGUUCAGAUGCAAGUGGAUAUAACCGUGCAAUGCAAAUCAGUUGGCACCGGCCCAAUGACUCCUUUGGAGAAGACUCCGUUACCUACUCUCCCUGAGGUGUGUGUGGAGGCCAUGGAAGAGGAUGAGCCGGUGCGCGAAGUCCAGUGGGAUGAAAAAGGUAUGACAUGGGAAGUCUAUGGAGCAUCCGUGGAUGCUGAAGUCCUUGGAAUAGCUAUCCAGAAACAUUUGGAAAAGCAAAUAGAGGAACAUGGCAAGCAAAAUAUUGAGGUGUACCAAAAUGAUAAACCUAAUUCACUGAAAGGAUCUUUGGGAAAGGAAGAAAAUAAGAGAAGACAAAGCAAUGUUUUUCAGGCAGUUCUACACAACAUUAGAAGUCCGCAAUGUUGUAUUCGUGGGAACACUGCUGCGGAAUGAUAUAUCUUUGAUCAGGAUUGUUGACAAAUUAUCACAAAACCUGAAAAAGUUUGUCUCAUUAGUACAUUUCCUAUUGUUUCUAACCUUUUUCACGUUUUGCCUGGGCAAAUUAAUAAAGCAGCAAAAUUAACCUGCAUCAUAGACAAAUAAAAGAUUAUAAAUACUUAGGCAAGUGAAACAUAAAAGAGGCUAAAAGCUGAAAAUCUGUUUUACUAUUUCUUGUAUCUUUACCUUAACUCAUUUUAAACAACAGUGUUUUGCAUUUCAUAAUAUUUAAUUAAUAUGUGUGUAACGGCAAACGUACAUAGAUUCAUUGAUUUAACACAAAAUCAAUAUUAAGUGCUAUUUUAUCCCCACCACUUGGAAUUGCCAGUUGCUAUCUAGCUAACGGCUAAAGACUAAGUUGGCAGAAAGUCGCUCUGGCAUCAUCCACCACGUGUUCUGAAAGAGCCCUCUUUGAAGUGCUUGGCAGUGCCCCAGGAACAAUGCAGCAUUCCUUAUAACCUCUGCAGUACAUUUUAUCUACUUGCCUUGUAUUUGUGUAUCCCCCUCACUGGUAAUAGACAAUCAAAUCCAGUUUCAUAUAAUCUUGUGACAUUUUAUUAGUUAACGUUUAUUGGGCUGCACAACCACAUCGUCAAAAUAAAUUUAGUUGAAAGUAGGACUGAUUAUUAAAAGUUUCCCUCUUUUAAUUUUGUUUUUGUAUUGUCAGAAAAAACAUAGGACUUUUUUUGAAAAGAUAUGGGAAUGUAUUAUUUACUAAACCCCCCAGUGAAAAGACAAAUUAAUUCUAAUAUAUACUAAAUGAGGACUUCCCAAAAAUGUUUUAAAAUACUUUUACAGGAAAUAGUUGGUUUGCAGCAAUGAAUAAGAAAAAUGAACGCAAAAUAAUUCAACAUUUGAAGAUAUUUUGAGAUUAGUUAGACAGAAUCUGAAAAGAAUCCUGUUACCUUUUGACGAUAUAUGUUUCUAUUUUUCUCACUACUUCUAGCUUUCAUUUUGGCUGUCAACCUAACUGAAUAUAACUUGUCAGUUGAAUGUAUAAAAAAUCACCUAGGAACCCAUUUUCCUCCAUUUAAUUGAUGUAUGAAGCCAUUUUCCGUAUGUAAUAAUCUGCUAGUUUUUAGAGUUGAGUAGGAUAUAUGGUGGUAUAGUUAAGUUAACUCAAGGUUUUGUAUUUUGUCACUUCAAAUGAUAUAUUGUUAUUAUUGAUAUUUCAGAUUCCCCAAAGCUGAAAAUGGAAGGAAAGUAGCUGCUGAAUGUUAUGAUGUGUGUUUGAAUUGAUCCUUUGGGUACUAUUUGUUGAAUUGAUAGAAAUAACAGUCAAAUGUUAUGGUUUACUUCAUCCCCUCAUUGGAGAAAUCUAGUAUUUUCUCAUUAGUUUAUUUUCCUUUGUGGAAGAUGCUCCCUGGAUUCACUUAAAAUAAUCUUUCGGUAAAAUCUUGCUGUUUUUGUGACUAAUUUCAAUGCCAGACGUUGUUUCUUUAAUAAAAUGUCACUGUCUAGUUUCUGUUCUAGUGUUAUUAACAUUUUCUGAGUGGGUUGGUAAAAUAAUGUCAUCUCGAUUGUUAUGAUACACAAUAAAAAUGGGAUAGAUUGAAAUAUCAGUCACACUCUCCAGUUGGAAUAUUUUUCUUUCAUUUUAAUAACAGGAAUACUAAUAAAUUUGUUGUCGUAAUUUGUUUAUAUUGCUUCAACAGCAAAAACUGAAGAAUAUUAAAAUAUGAAAACCA